AUGAAGGUAGCGACUCGACGGAGCACGACGUGGUGGGGCAGCAGCAGCCGAAGCGCCACUUCUACUUUCGUUGGCGGCCGGUCGGUCUUGUGGCCGCCAUCGUCGUCGUGCCUCACCUCCGGCUCCGGAGUGUUGGGCGUCCGCCGGCAGUGGUUUGCCGCCAAGGCCGGCAAGCAGCAGCAGACGCAACAGGCCGCCGGCGGGCAGGCCUCGGCCCUCUCCUACUUCGUGGCCCGCACCGCCUCCAACGGCUGCGGCAUCGUCGGAAUGCCUAACGUGGGCAAGAGCACUCUGUUCAAUGCCCUCACCAGCAGCCAGAGGGCGCGUGCGGAGAACUUUCCAUUUUGCACCAUCGAGCCCAACAGCGGGAUGGUGUGGGUGCCCGACCCGCGCCUCGACACCCUCGCCGCCCUCGCCAACUCCAAACGCAUCCUGCCCUGCCAAAUGGAGUUCGUGGACAUCGCGGGCCUGGUGGCGGGCGCGUCCAAGGGCGAGGGCCUGGGCAACAAGUUUCUGGCGCACAUCCGGAACGUGUCGAUGAUUCUGCAGGUGGUGCGGUGCUUCGAGGGCGCCGACGGCACCGAGCAGGUGACCCACGUCGAGGGCAGCGUCGACCCGGCGCGGGACAUGGAGAUCAUCAACACCGAGCUGCUGCUGGCCGACCUCGAGUCGCUCACCACGGCCCGCGCCAAGCUCGAGAAGCGGACCAAGCUCGACGCCGAGGCCCAGAAGCGGCUCGACCUCAUGCACCGCACCAUCGCCGUGCUCGACGAGGGCCAGCCGGCGCGCAGCGUGCUCAUCUCUGCCGAGGAGUGGCCCACAUUCCACGCAUUCCAGCUCCUCACCAGCAAGCCGGUGGUGUACUGCUGCAAUGUCAAGGAAGAGGAGGCGGCCACGGGCAACGCCAUGGUGGAGCAGGUCAAGCAAGCCGUCCUGAAGGAGGAGCCGGGAGUGGAUCCCAACGAGCGGGUGCUGGUCGUGUCGGCCAAGCUCGAAUCGGAGUUGGCAAAUAUGGAGAGUGUGGAGGACCGUAAGUCGUUCCUGGAGCUGUACGGUCUUUCGGAGGCCGACGCGGGCCUGCCCAAGGUCAUCCGGGCCACGCGGCAGCUGCUGCAGCAGCACCAGUUCUUCACCGUGGGCGAGACCGAGGCCCGCGCCUGGAACAUACCCAAGGGCACGACCGCAGUGGACGCCGCGGCCACAAUUCACACGGACUUUGCCAAGGGGUUCGUCAAGGCCGAGACGAUCGCGUUCGCAGACUUUGUGGCGGCGGGAGGCGAGAAGAGGGCGAAGGAGCUGGGCAAGGUGCGAUUCGAGGGCACCUCGUACGUCGUGCAGGACGGCGACAUCAUCCUCUUCCACCACCGAAAGUAG